AUGUUUACCGCAAUAGAGAGAAUUCGGACCGACUCUGAAGGUAUCCAAUAGAGGAGAGAUGCCUAACCUGGAGAGCAGCUGGCCUGACUGGAAGUACCCGGAGUGGAGGGAGAAGGGAGGACAGUUGACAGCAGACGGAUGGCUUGAGGGCCGGAGGGAAGUGGAUGGAGCCGAGGGGCUGUGGAGAGUUCAUGAUGGUCUGUACGAGUUGUCUUCUUGGGUCCACUCCCACCCCGGUGGCUCCCAGUGGCUUGAAAUCACUAAGGGGACUGAUAUAACUGAAGCAUUUGAAGCUCACCAUAUUGGACCUCUGGCCUCAAAAAAUGCUGGAGAACUUUUAUGUCAGACCUGCAAAAACCCCAAGGAAUUCAGCUUUUACUUUCCAUCCUGA